AUGGCUAACAAUGAUACUAUUCUUACCCAUUCUCAAAAUACCAAUUCUCAAAAUACCAAUUCUCAAAAUACCAAUUCUCAAAAUACCAAUUCUCAAAAUACCAAUUCUCAAAAUUCCAAUUCUCAAAAUACCAAUUCUCAAAAUACCAAUUCUCAAAAUAAUAGCAAUUCUCAAAAUAACAAUUCUCAAAAUACUCAGCUUUCGGUUCACCAGAACAACGAUGUUAUUACCAAUACACCUCAGCCUUCGGUUCCCAAAAAUAAUGUUUCUACUAUCAAUAUUUGUGAUUUUUGCAUGAAGAGCAAUUUUUCUAAUCAAAUCAAACAUCAAAUCAAUAUUUGUGAUCCUUGCGUGAGGAGCAAUUUUUCUAAUCAAGCCAUAUCUGUUUCUCAGAUUAACAAUAACCAGAUAAUUUCUCAUCAAGUUACUAAUAUUCCUGUUCCUCAAAACUCAGCUUCUAAUCAAGAUAUAAUUGCAACUCAACAUAAUUCAAAUUCCACUACCAAUAAUUUGGGUGUUUCUCUUAAUAAAAAUGAUUCUAUGAUUAUGCAACUAACUCAAAACUCAGAGUUCGAAAACUGCCCUGAAAA